AGAAUAAGUACUAUUAUAUUUAAAAUAUUACAAAAAACACAGUAGUCCGGACAAUUUUCACACUUCCGCAAUUAUGUUAUGUGUGAUAUCUAAGCACUACAGUCAGUAAUAACGCUGUGAUUCGGACGACAAAAUUUAGGUGGCUGUUUACACACAUAUACAUACAUAAUUCGCUUUACCAUACGGUAACUACGAUGAACGAAGUUCUUAAUCCUACCACUGAUGACUGUAUCGCCACCGUCAACACAAACUUGUCAUUUGACUAGCCAGAAGCCUUAAAUUGACAUAAAUUAUUAAUUUUACUGUUUAUAUAGCAUUUGUAUAUAAAUCAAAUAUAAUAGAUCAGCAGAUUAGGAAAAGCGGAUUUACCCAACGAAAAUUAUCUAAGAUUGAAGCCUCCCUACUUUAUUGCCGUCUUGCUAUGCUACCCAAAUUAGAAUUGAUUGCUGCGGCAUGCGAAAAUAUGGGCAUUGGAAUAAAGGGCAAUCUACCGUGGCGUUUAAAAACCGAAAUGGAGUACUUUACACGCAUGACAACCAAGACAAAAGACAACAAUAAAAAGAACGUCGUACUUAUGGGACGGCGCACGUGGGAUUGCUUGCCUAAAAAGUACAAACCUCUGAAAGACCGCAUAAAUAUAGUGUUAACGUCGCAAUCAGUGGAUUACGGAGAUAAGGCAAUAGUAUGCGAAAGUAUGCUAGAUGCUCUUGAGACAAUCGCAGAUAUGAAAAGUAAAGUGGAAAAAGUAUGGGUAAUAGGUGGAAGUAGAGUAUACAAGGAAGCCAUGGAAUCGCCAUAUUUCAAUCGAUUGUAUCUUACGCGUGUAAGAAAAAAUUUUGAAUGUGACACAUUUUUCCCACCUAUUCCGGAUAAUUUCGUGCUGAUACAAGAUCCAGCAGUACCACAAGAUGUGCAAGAGGAGAACGGAAUUGAAUUUGUAUACGAAGUAUAUGAAAAAAGAUAGUGUGGCAAUUAUUUGAACAUUCCAAUUAUACAAAAAAAAAUCUAUUUUUGUAUAAAAAUAAAUCAUUUUUUAAUAAAUCUCUCAACAAACUUA